AUGUUACCUGAAUAUGUACUCGAGGGCGUGAUCGAAUUUUACUCAUCCAUUCCACGACAUGCACCAGCCACCCUGCUUCAAUCUUUGGCAGUGAUAGACAAACUCUUGACAUUCACCCCAGUAUUUCUUACUACACCCUAUUUGAAGAACUUUCACUUGAAACCAAAGUGCAUUGAGAUUUUGUUCUAUUAUAACACUCAAUCUAUCCCUGGCCGACCAAAUGGGGUCCUUGGUGAUGCACUUAAUUGCCAUCCAAUGUCUUUAUCUUGUCUUAUUUUGGCCUUGAUGCAGAUCUAUGUUGAUAUUGCUUUGAUCCUAAAGGUUUGGAACAAUCAAACUCAUCAAAUAGCCUUGAAGAAAGAAUCCACUACCAAGUCUUUUAUCCGAUUUGCCAACUUAUUAAUGAACAAUGUCACCUAUCUUCUUGAUGAGACUCUUUGA